CUCUCUGUGAAUGUGUCUCUCACUCUCUAAGAAUAUGCCCAGGCUCCUCCUCUUUAUGAUAAUGUGACAGUAGCAUCUCCGGCUCGGAGACAAGCCUCCUCUCAGUCUGUCUGACUCAACUAUGUGAUCUGUUUUUCUACACACGGACCUUGUCUCCUCUCUCCUCUUCUUUUAUCCCCCUGCCCUCCUCGGCACUCUCAAUGCGCAAUUUCCUCUCACAAAGCAACUGCAUUUGUUCGGCGAAGUUACUUUCGUAAACAGUUGACUUUGAAGUUUACUUUUGUUCUAAUUUUCGGACAUGACUACCAUGGCAACUCCGGCUGCUCCGGCUCUGCUCCCCGCUGCUCCACUCGGGCACCACCCGGCGCCGAGUUCCGUCUCUCCGGCCACCAACUCUCCGCCACCUGCGGCCACCUCCGCCGCUUCUUCCCCGGCUCCUCCGGUGGCGCACCCGGCGCUGCUUCACCAGUUCAGGGCGGACCUCUUACUACCGAACGGGACCCAGUUAAAGACCGGAGGAGCCCCGGUGUCCAGCAGCGCUAAGCCCGUGUACGCCACCCCGUCGCCCGUGGAGAGCACGCCACAGAACAACGAGUGCAAACUGGUGGAGGUGAAAGGUGCCAAGCUGGCCUCGUUCACGGUGAAAGACACGGAGCUCAUCUGCCUCCCGCAGGCUUUCGACGUGUUUCUCAAGCACCUGGUCGGCGGUCUCCACACCGUCUACACCAAGCUGAAACGGCUGGACAUUGCCCCGGUGGUGUGCAACGUGGAGCAGGUCCGGGUGCUGCGGGGACUUGGGGCCAUCCAGCCCGGGGUGAACCGGUGCAAACUCAUCUCCAGGCAGGACUUCGAGACGCUCUACAACGACUGUACCAACGCAAGUUCGAGGCCUGGACGACCGCCCAAGAGGCUGCAGAGUGUGACAGAAGGCGGGACUCACCACAUGCUGUCCCACAGUGGUCUGAUGCACGCUGGGAUCAUGCCUCCUGCAGAUCUGUCUGCCCUGGCCAAGAAGAUCAAGCUGGAGGCGAUGGCCAGUUACCACAGCAACCAACAACAUGGCGGGCCAAACGGAGAGAACGGUGACCACAACCCCGGACUGGUUCUGGAUCAGUUGCCCUUCAUGAUGAUGUCACAUCCUCUGAUCCCUGCCAGCCUGGCGCCGGCCUCCGUUUCCAUGGCAAUGGGCCAGAUGAACCGACUGAGCACGCUGGCCAGCAUGGCCAACGUGGCACAUCUCCACGCUAAGCCCCCUGCCAGGGCUCCCACCUCCGUCAUUAAGGAGCGAGUGCGUGACAGCCCCUCCCCUUCGCCCUCAUUGGAGGAAGCGCAGAUGUCAUCCAAUCACAGCAGCAGUGUGUCUAGUUCACCGUCUCACACAGAACGCACUGCAGAAACCACACACACACUCGACAACGGGCUGUCGUCCAGUCAUACUGUGUUGGGACAUUCCCCUGGUGUGAUGCCGGGGGCCAGAGAGACAGAUGUGACUUCAGUGGAAUACAGCAAGGAAAACAAGAGGGGCCACAGUGACAGAGAUAACAGCUCCUUGGCCACUCACACAAGCAGGGAGAACUGUGACAGACAAGUCUACCAGAAACCCCCAUCAGGCAGGGAGGGCUGUGAGAGGGUAUCUUACCCUGCGGGACAGAAGCUCUCAGCAGGUCUUCACCACACUCCCUUCAUCUUCCCGGAAGGCUUGUCCUCCAUAGAGACCCUGCUCACGAACAUCCAGCAGGGUCUGCUGAGGGUUGCCAUAGAGAACGCCCGGGCGCAAGAGAAGCAGGACCAGCUGGAGAGGACGGAGCUCAAGAUGGAGCUUGUCCGAGAGAGGGAACUCAGAGAGACCUUGGAGAGACAGCUUAGCAUGGAACAGAAAAACAGAGUUCUGAUCCAGAAGCGCCUGAAGAAGGAAAAGAGGAAUAAGAGGAGACUACAGGAGGCAUUGGAGGAGGAGGUCAAACUCCGUGAUCAGGCAGAGCUCAGCCUGCUGCACACUGCCAACACACAUACCGGCCAUCAAUCAUCAGCAGCCCCUCCUCACACAGAAUCUGUGACCCAGGACAUGGAUGGGAGCAACCACGAUGACAACAGGCUGGACACCAAGGCAACAGUACAAGAGGGCAGAGUGUUCCUGCAGACCACUGGGAUGUACUGAAGACGAAGUGGAAGGAUGGUUGGAUGAAUGGAUAGAUGAAUGGAAGAAUAGAGUGAUGACGAUUCCUUCUUUUAUGAGAAAUACAAUCGACGGGCAUGCUCAGUUGCGCAGCAGCAUCUGAGAUACACAUCUCCUCAAGAGGACUCCCCUACAUUUCAAGGGUGACAUUUGAACUUUUCCAUUGUUCUCUUGUUUAAUUUAUUGCAUUUAUCACAGAAUCUCGGCCAUAGUGGGAACAGUACUUUAUUCUGAUGAAGUGUUUGACUGUGUUUCUUUCAAUCGAGGUUUUUAGAUCCUAGAUAAAGAUGACCAUAGUUGUUUUUUUGUCAGUGCUGUUUAUCUGGACACAAGUGAUGAAUAUAACUUGUAACAGAGUUGUGUACAUAUAUAUAGUCAUCAUUUUUGUUAUUAUUAUCAAAAAACAUAAUGGCAUGUUGUACAGUCAGUAAAUGACUUGUAUUGUGUAUGUUAUGCAGUAGUGCAGUUUGACAAUACAAACAAUACAAAUCCUUUUUAUCAAA